AAACCGAAGAAGAUACCAGAAACAGGGGGAAGAAGAAAGAAGGAAGGAAAGAAAGGAGCCCGGAUGCUCGCAGGUGUCCAGAGGAGCUUGCCGGAGGAGGCGGUUCGCCGGACAAGGGGCUGUGGCCGGCGGUAGCAACUGGGACGCAGUGAACAGAGAAAAAAAGGGACAACUCCAGCGAGGGUUUUUUUCUCCGUUUUCAGCGAGAUUAGGGUUCCGAUUUGCUUGAAGAAGGUCCCCGAGGAAAUUCAAUAAAAACUACUAUCUGAGUAGCUAGUAACAUGCAGAAAGGUUGUGUGAAGAAAAUACAAGGCUCAACUUCAGACAUGAUUAGUUGCCUUCCUGGCAACGUGAUAGAAAAAAUUCUAACGUGCAUGCCAAUACACGAUGCGGUGAGGACAAGUAUUUUGUCAAGGAAAUGGAGAUAUGCCUGGGUUACACUUCCCCAUCUUGUAUUUGAUGACGCAUUCUGCAGAGAAUCGAGGAGAACUCCAAAAGAUAAGCUUAUGAUGACUAUUUAUCAAGUUCUAUUACUUCACCAAGGACCAAUACUCAAGUUCAAAUUAUCCUUAUCUAAGUUGGAAAGUUGUGCUGAGAUUGAUCAGUUGCUACUUUCUAUAUCAAACAAUGGUAUCCAAGAAUUGAUCUUGAAUAUUUGGAGAGGUGGACCUUAUAAAUUGCCGUCCUCAAUUUUUUCAUACCUACAGCUUAAACAUUUGAAGCUACAUGAUUGCUUGUUCAAUCCCCCUCCUACAUUUAAAGGAUUUAGCAAGCUCCUUAUUCUUGAGCUUGAGUAUGUUUCCAUUACUUCUGAGGUUUUCUCUAGUUUGAUUUCCACUUGUCCACUACUUGAAGAGCUGAAUCUUGUAAUUUGCACCAGCUGUGCUUACCUUGAAAUUAUUGCCCCUAAUCUUAAGUGCUUAUAUUUUGAAGGCGGUUUCAGUUCUAUAUGUUUCAAAAAUACCCCUAACCUUGCUAGAGUUUCAAUUAAUUUGUACGAUCUCAUGAAUGGGGAAGAAAUAUCCAAGUGGGUCACACUUUUUGCUGGUCUACCUGUCAUUGAAUUUUUGCAGUUGAAUUGUUGUUGUUACAAGUUGUCUCCUGUAGGUGGCGUACCAAAAAAGCUUCCAACUAAGUUGAGCCAUCUUAAGAUUCUCAAGUUGUAUACUAUGUGUAUGGAGGACGCCAAUGUGGUCUCAAGUAUUCUUUGCUUAAUUAGAAGCUCCCCAAACUUGGAAAAAAUUGCAAUUUGGGCAUGUACUGAUGAAGUUGAAGUUGAUGAACCUGUUCUAAAACUUUUAGAAGAGCAAGGAUGGUGGGACAUCUCUUUAAAUCGGCUUCGGGAAGUGGAAUUGCAACCGGCAUCCAGCACAGGGUUUGAAUUGGAGUUUAUUAAGGUUCUAUUAGCCACAUCACCUGCCCUGGAGAAAAUGGUUAUUGAGCCAAGUUCAUUGAUGGAUCUGGAAAGAUAUAGAUUCUUGAAGGAGGUGACACAAUUUAGGCGCUUAUCACCUCUAGCAGAAGUCUCUUAUGAAAGUCCAUUUGAUUCUUGAAGGCCAAGUUUAGCAUAUGGAUUAUGUCCUCUUUGACCAGCCAUGGUCUUUGUGAGGCAGGAAGAUGAUCUUUUUUAGUUCUGUUAGGUCCAAGUCCAAGUGACAACUGCAACUUGCCAUUUAUUGACUUUCAUCUCUGUUCGGUAAAAGUUGCAACUUCUUUGGCAUUUGGUCUAGUUCUGAAUGUUUUGAAGGUAUUCUUGGUAACAGAGUGAGUUUUUCUGCCAAGUACUUGGUGAUUUAGAUGUCUGCUAUGACAAGAAAUGCAUUUGCACCUGUUUAUUUUGGAAAUUCAGCCUUUGCAUGUCUUCUUGAGUUGUUUAUUUUUUUUCUUUGGUCAGAAGAGUUUAGAAUGAGCUGUAGAAGAGCUGAAAAGUUAAUCAUAUUAUUGCUAGACAUAUUCUUUGAAAAAUUUAAAACUAAAGUAGGAUUGUUUUUCCAAAUUUUAACUUUUGAUAUCCAACUUCAAUGCUUUUUUGAGAAAUAAAAAUUUCAAGGUAAUUUAUUUAAUUGAAAGUAAAAAUUGGUAAUUUAAAACCACUUCCACUAAAAAUGUACAUAGUGCUCAAUAAUAGGUUAGAUAUGCCUAAUUUGAGAUUACUACAAUUGCUAAGUCAAGUUUCAGAAUUAAAUAUGUAGCUAUAUCUAUUACUUUUUUGUUUUGUUUUUUUUUGGGAGAAAAGGGGAGGGACAACCACGUAAGUUUUAAGUGCUAUAAAAUCAGUUGUGUCUAUAUUUGAAUAAUAUUUUAUGCAGAAAACACAAAGAGAAUAAUAUUAAGAAUCUGCAUUGUGCUUCCUAAUAUAUGCAGAAUCAUAUUAAUUUUUAUGUUGCAUCUUGUGCUUGCAUGUUAUAAAUUGAAAUGCAGAAUGUUAGUUAUUAGCAGCAAGUCGAUCAUUCAACAAAAUGGAAUGAUUGGACAUUUCAAUGAUCAAUGAUCAGAAUGUAUAACAGAUUGCAAAUGGAUGAAUUUAAAUAAGAACAAGACAGACUUUAAAUCAUAGCAGAUAUGGUGAUAUGUUACAAGCCAUCUCUCUUCAUUACAACAACGUUGUGGCUGGUCUUCAAAGUGAAAACUCAUUCCUUUCUGCAAAACCAUUCCCCCCCCCCCCCCUCUUUCUUUCUCCUGGCUUUUAAUUGCUAUUCCUCUUCUUCUUCCCUGGGUAAUUCUUCUUAGAGACAUCCUCUGUACUUCUGCUUUGCGGGCUCUUGGGAGGUGUAAAGGCACUUUCCUUUUAAGCUCCUUUUGGUUUAUACUGUCUGGCGGUUGCCCUUUGUGUUGAUGUAGAUAUAAAGGAGAGUGGAUAAUGAAGAUAAAGAGCAGAAAAUAUGAUGAGAAAAUCACGGAACUGUUCCCCAGGCUUCAUGAUAAUGAUACAGGGAAGGGUGAGCCAACAAGAACAUUUGCAAGGAAUAAGAUGGCUCUUUAUGAAAAGCUUAGCAUCCCUAUAUUCAAUAUUGGGGGAUUUAUUGCUUCUUUAACACCAACAACAGUGCCAAUGGGAUUCCGCCAGCAUCCUCAAGCCGUUUUAUGUUUGAUUUGAUCUUAGCUUCUGAUGGUUCUGUACUCUAUAGCAUUAUCUUUGAUUUACUACAUAUUUGAUUCAAUAUUUUAUGUCUCCAGAACUGUUUGAAGAUUGAUAGAAAAUAAUGUGGUAUGUAGUUGGAUGACUUGAUGAAGUUGUGCAUCUUUUGUGAUUUGGUUGUGUCAUUGACAACCUAAUAGAGCAGUCUGUUGUUUUGAUUUUGACAGGGAUGAAAUAAAUUUUGGACGAUAGAUAAGAAUUAUGGUGAUGUGUCAGGGUCUCGAUCCUGACAAGGGAAUUCUGAUUGAUGAGGAGAAUUAGAGUUUGGUUUUAGGAAAGAAAGAAAGAACGAGAGGGAGAGAACAGAAAGAGAGAUAGAAAAUUAGAGGAAAGAUAAUGGAGAGAAGAGUGAACAGAGAGAUUUGGGAGAGAACUGAGAGAUAGAAUGAAUUGAGAAUUUUAUUACGAAUUCAUCGAUGCCCCCUUUAUUGAGAGGGAAAGGCCCUUAUAUAGGCCUAUCCUCAUAGGCGGUUCAAUUGUUACAACCACCUUCAACCGUAUCAACUACUGCCAACAGCGUCUAGUUACACUACCCUCUACUUGUUACAACUAACUUCCUUAACCACCGUAGGGUCCUGACAUGAUGUUCAUAUUUGGUCCAACAAUUUAUUAUUUGGAAGGGCGAAACUUGGUUGGACGAGAUGGAGUUUUAAAAUUCAACCUCUCUGAACUGUUUCUUAUUGCCAUAAUAGUUCACGAUAAUUGGCUAACUCCUGUGGACUGACAGUGAUUGAAAGGCACUUUUUAAUUCAAGUCUCAGAUGCCACUCCCAUCGGAUCUUUAUUUUUGUUUAUUGAAUUUCCAUGAAUUAUUGCCUUGCACUUUUGUGAUGCUUGGUUUACAUUUGAAGACCAAGCACAGCCUGUUUGUAUCUGUACUGAUGCAAAACUGCUUUUGUGUGCCAAAUAAUUUGAAUGACUUGUUGCAGGGAAGUGGGCAUGUAGGCUUGUGUAUUUAUACAUCUCUUACCUCAUUCAACGUAUCCAACAGAGAAGUCAUAUGGUAGAUAUUUCUGUUUCAUCACUCCAAUCACACUAUUUGAGCAGAAAAAAAAGCUAGAUGAGGAUUUCACAGGUUAUAGAGCUCCAGUGCUUGAUCACAUCAUGAAUCUGGAGCCUGGUCACUGAUAGGCAAAAGUGUGCGUGGCACCAAUGUCUCAUUUGAAUCUGUGAGGGACAUGAAGAAGGGAUGUACUUAUUUCUGUGAGAGUAUUGUGCAGAUACGCUGGGAAUUCCUAACAACACUAUUGAUAGCGGAUAUUGUUAAGACAAUAUCACAGGGCAUUAUUGGUAGAAAAUGUGGAUAGAGGAUAUGGUGCUGCGUCUAAAACUUCUGUAGUGGAUUGUACAUGAAGUGGAUAUAUCCUCCAAUGAUGUUGUAGGAAUAGUAGGUUAGGAACAUUUUCUGAAUUCAAGACGAGCCAUAAUCAAGUAAGAUCUUUUGCUUAUUAAUAGCUUUUCUCAAAUACCUUGUUUUCUUGAUGCGUCACUUUUGAAAUUCCAUUUUGUGUAGAUUUUAGCACCAUGAUGAAUUUAUUCAGAAGUAUCAAGGUAGAACACUGAAAGUAAAUGCUUGUGGAAGUGUCCUUUAAGGCAAACUAAUGACUCUUUGCCCUUGCAGUUUUUCAUGUAAGUGGAAGUUGCAGUGACUCUGUGAGCCUUUUGGCAUUUGGACAAGAUGCUUCUCUCUCUCUCUCUCUCUCUCAGAUAAAUUCAUCUCCCCACCCAAAAUAACAGAUCUCUCCCCAUUUGAGUAUGCUUUUAAUAAGAAAGACUGUAAGGAGGCACCAAAUGGGGAAAACCCUGUAUAUCAAGUCCCCUUUGAGUAUUUCUCUGCCUUACGAGUAUUAUUUCUUGCUUAGAGUGUAUCUGUCAUUUUCCUUACUGAGCAUUUCAUACCAGUAACAUUUUUUUUCCAGUAAGUCAUACCAAUAUAUUAAAUUGAGCUUUAUUUUUCUAUUUUUUUUCAUUGCUGUGAGUAAUACAUUGCCAUUUAUGUUCUUCAGAUUUGAUUGUCUGUUUACAAAGGAAUUUGUUACUUCCGUUAUAUAUUUUCCAGUCUAAUACUUAACGUUUACAUCAAUGGUUGAAGAUGAUAAACAUAACCAGGUCCCACAGGCAUCUACUUAUGUACCUAGAGAAACUACAGAACUAAAUACACAUCGCCUUAAGUAGCAGUAGUUAUAUGUAGUCAAAAAGUACUUGAUAGUCUGGCUAGUCAUAUCCAACACCAUUCUAUGCUUUAAAACUUGAAAGAUAGUUUCAAGUCGAGCCCAAAAAAAUGGUGCUGCACUUCAUGAAGACCAUAGUAUACUGUCUCCAGUAUACACCGCAUCAUUGAGUGUAUUGGUUGGGUACACAAAGAAGGAGAGAGCUGCCCUGGCCUUUAUGUUCCUGUAGUCCCUUCUCCACAUGUAUGUGCAUGUGUAUUUGUGCUUAGGAUGGAUGAAUUAAUAUUGAUGUUCCAUGGGAGUCUGCAUCUUUUGGUGUUCAAACAUGUGAUUCAUGUAGGAAAUAAGAGGAAAAGCAACAAGAUUUUUGAAGAACCUCUAGACUUGUAUUGGCCAUCUGAAUCUAAAGUUCCUCACUUUGAAAUUUCCAUUAAUUUGUUGUUUGGAGCCGCUGUGUUUCUUUAUUUAUUUUCUUCUCUUACUGCUAUUUCACUUCUGCUGGUGGUGUAUCAAGAAGAGUUACAACUAAUUUGAGGCGCCUUAUCAUUUACCUAAGAAGAAGAAAGAAAUUGAGCCUUCUUAAGAUUCUCAAUUUGUAUCAUAUGUGUCUAGAGAGUUCAGAUGAGGUUUCAAAUAUUCUUGGCUGAAUUAGAAACUUAGUGAACUUGAAAAAAAAAAAUUGCAAUUCAGGUAAAUAAUGACUUGUGUUUCUUAUGUUUAUAAUAUACCUUUUCAGUUUUUAGGUUGAGAUUAUGGUUCCUUCUUUGCAGGCACUCCCUGAUGGAAUUCCAGAUAACAAACCUAUGUUAAAACCUUUAGAAGUGCAAGGAUGGCAGGAUAUCUCUUUAAAUCUGCUUCAGAAAGUGGAAUUGUGAUUGGCAUGUGCCACAAAGUUUGAAUGGGAGGUCAUUAAGGUUCUAUUAGCCAUGUCACCUGCUGUAGAGAAAAUGUUUAUUGAGCCAAAUUCAUCGAUGACUUCUGAAAGGUUGAGGUUCUUAUAGGAUGUGACACAAUAUAUGCGCUUAUCUACUUACAGGGAAAAAAAAAAAAAAUAUAGGCAUUUAUCACCACAAGCAGAAGUCUCCUAUGAAUUCUAGUCUUUCCACUUGAAGGUCAAGUUUAGCAAAUGGAUUAUGUUCUUUUUGGCCAGCAAGGAUUCUGUGAUGUAGGAAGAUGAUAUUUUUUUUAUUCUGUUAUUUGCUAGAUCCAAGUUCAAGCAACAACUUGAAAUUGAUAUUCAUGGACUCCCAUUUCUCUUUUGUGAAAGUUACAACUUCUUUGGAAUUUGGCCAUGUUAAGAAAAUUUUGAAGAUAUUCUUUCUGACAGACUCAUAUUGGCCAUCAAAUUCUAUAAAAAUUGUUCAGUGUAGUAAUGUUUCCUUAUUUUUGUGUAAAACUAUGGUGGAUGGUGCCUUCAAUGAUCUUACAUGGCGUAAUUGAUCUUUGGUCACUUAAUACUAGAAAGGAGAACCCAACUUGGCCUAUUUGUUCAAGUGUUGGCUUACUGAUUCAAUCUGAUUCCCUAUAGGGUCUAUUUUAUACUUACCCCCAUGUUUGGUCUAGCUUGGCUAGGACUUUUUGGUAAUUUCUAUUCAUUCAAUCUUGUGGUGUUUUUCAUUAUUGAAGAUUAUUGAUCUUUUCUCUUGAGACAUGAAUUUUGAUGUUGUCUUCUAAUAAUAUAAAAUUAAGCAGCUGCAAAUGUUAAUAUGUUUUGAAUCACCUCUUAAUCCUCUGCCAAUUGAAAACAUAAUUUGAUUAGUACUUGGCUUUGGAAGAAUUUGACCAUUAUAAGGUGAAAAGCUGGAAAUAAGGCCUUAAGGGAGGGAAGAUUCAUGAGUGGAGUCUGGUUGUUCCCCCAAGUCAGUUUUUUUUUGUAUUCAGCAGCUCUUCAAGAUUUUUGGCAGUGGAUUGUUGUGUAUCUCAAAUGUGCAGGGUGAGCUGCUAGAUGGUGGAUGAUUGAUUUGAACUCAUUAUCUAUUUGUGCUUACCUUUUGGAUACUUGAUAGUUUUCAUUUUGCUAUUAUAUUCAUCAGGUUAUUUCCUCUGCAUCUCUGGAAAUUCACCUUUUCCAGCAGUCCUGCUCUCCAAGUAAGAAGAGGAUCAAGCUGUGGUGCAUAUUCUGAAGCCCUUAAAAUACGAGUUGAUGGUUAUCCAAGAAAUUCAAUACAACCCACUACCUAAGGAGUGCGCCACUUUGUUAGAAUGGCUGGUGAAUUGCAAAGAGGCUGUGUGAACAAAAUGCAAGGCUCAACUCUGAUCAGUCACCUUCCCGACAAUGUGAUAGAAGAAAUACUAAUACGCAUGCCGAUACAGGAUGCGGUUAGGACAAGUAUUUUGUCAAGGAAAUGGUGGAAUGCGUGGUUGAGACUUCCGCAGCUUGUAUUUGAUGAAGGAUUCUACAGAAAUUCAAUGAGAAGAUCAAACAAUGACCUUAUGAUAACUAUCAAUGACCUUAUGGUAAUUAUUUAUCUUGUUCUUUUACGUCACCGUGGACCCAUAAUCAAAAUCCAAAUAUCCUUGCCUGAGCCAGCAAGUUGUUUUCUGAUGGAUGAGGUGAUACUUUUUUUGUCAAAUAAUGAUGUGAAGGAAUUCAUCCUUGAUAUCAAGAGAGGUAGACAUUACAGAUUGCCAUCCUCAAUUUUUUCAUGCCCACAGCUUAAGCAUUUCAAAUUGCGUUCCUGCUUGGUUGGCCCUCCUCCUAGAUUUAAUGGAUUUAACAGGCUCCUUUCUCUGGAGCUCAAGGAUGUUUCCAUUACUUCGGAGGUGUUUUCUAGUUUGAUUUCUAUUUGUCCACAGCUAGAGGAACUGAAACUUGUAACUUGCACUGACUUAUGUGACCUUGAAAUCACUGCCCCAAAGCUUACAUGCUUAUAUCUUGAAGGUGCUUUCAGUUCUAUAUGGAUCCAAAAUAGCCCUGAUCUUACUAGGGUUACAAUUUUUUUGUAUGAUGUCAUGAGGACGGAACAAUUUUUUGACUGGGUCACACUAUUUGCUGGUCUACCUGUCGUUGAAGUUUUGGAGUUGGAUUGUGGUAUUCUUCAGUUAAUUCCUGUAGGUGGCAUACCAAGGAGACUUCCAACUGAUUUGAGCCAUCUUAAGAUUCUCAAGUUCUAUGAAAUGAAUCUACAGGAUGAGGAUGAGGUCUCGACUAUUCUGUGCUUCAUUAGAAGCUCCCCUAACAUGGAAAGAAUUGAAGUUCAGAUGGAUAUUGAUGGAAUACCAGAUGACGAUGCUGUUCUAUAACUUUUAGACAAGCAAAUAUGGUGGGACAUCUCUUCAAAUCAGCUUCGGGAAGUGGAAUUGGAACUGGCAUCAGGCGUAGGAUUUGACUUGGAGUUCAUUAAGGUUAUAUUAGCCACAUCGCCUGUCCUGGAGAAAAUGGAUAUUGAUCUAACUUUAUUGAGUGAUAUGGGAAGAUAUAGGUUCUUGAAGGAGGUGACACAAAUUAGGCGCCUAUCGCCUCUAGCAGAAGUCUCCUUGUGAGUUGAAUUAGAAAGGCGCUAGUCAAUUUGACUACUAUACUCUAUUGAGUUUGAUCUUUUUCAGUUCUGUUAUAUGAAUUUGUCCUAGUUCUGAAAAUUUGUAAGGUAUUCUUGGUAACAGAGUGUUUUUUGCCAGGUACUUGGUGAUAUGGAUGACUGCUGAGACAAGAAAUGCAUUUUGCACCUGUUUAUUUCUGAAAAUUCUGCCUUUGCAUACCUUCUUGAGCUGGUUAUUCAUUCUGUGAGUGAGAAUAGUUGAAUAUAAACCAUUUUCAAUUGUGGGAAAAGUAGCGGAGCAAUGAUAAGUUUAUUUAUGAUUUGAGAUUCCCUACAAGGCUACAAUCCACUUUCAACUGUAGCUAUGCGUGUUGUCAAUCAGAAUCAUCUCUACUUACCCUUUGUUAAACUGACUUUUUGUCCAUGGGAAGUGUGUCUAUUUGCCCCCA